UAAACUUGGUGAUGCUCUUUAGUGUGCUUUUUACAGUUGGUUGAUUGUCUCAUCUGAAUAUUCUAAGAUUGUGUUUAAUUAUUAUACACCACAAUUUCUAGAGGGAACAAAUCAGUAGUAAUGCAAUUACUUUGACAAUCUGCAGUUCCAAGAUGCACACGACCUGUUUGACAAAAUGUCCCUACAUGCUAAAUGCUCAUAUUUUAGAGUGGAGUUGCAUGACACUUAACGAAAAUAAAUACAAAAUAACUUAUGCAUCUGCUGGUUUUACAAAAACUUCAAUUGUUUCGCAUUGUCUAGUGCGCUCCGAUCUCUUUCUUCUCCUUGUAAUUAUUUUUGCCCGUAGUUGUAAUGGGUUGAAGGGAAAUUAAGAAAGCAUGCGUUUGAUUUAGUUUAAUUGAUGUAAUCGAGCCACUGCCUUGGUAGAAACGAAUAGGCACCUCCAGAGAUGGAUUUGGAUAGUUAAACAAGGGAAUUUUUUUCCCCUUGAUGAGAUUUUACUGUGUGAUGCGCGAGAAGAUUGUUUUGUGUGAUGGGAAACCAAUGGGCUGCAUUCAACAGAGACGAUGUGGGAUCAGCAAUGGCAGGUAGUAAGAACAUUGCCAAGGUGUUGCUAAGUCCUCGGAUCUCUGGUACAGUAAGUCCUAGAAACAGGUUUUUCAGUUCUUCCUCCAGGCGUUUGGUUGAUGCGGAUUCCAUUGCUGCAUUUGACUAUUUUAGAGCAGGAAUGGACAAGGCGUUAAUCAAUGCAGAUGACUGUGUAACAACAAUGAAUGAUUGUGGGGGUGGAGGAUGUAGAAAAAGGCCUCUUAGGCUUCUGGAGAUGUUUUUCUAUGGUAUGCUUAUGAAUUUUCUAGUUAGGAGUAUAGUUAUGGGGGUGAAGAAGCUCGCGGCUAGGAAAUUCACGAGACAGCUCUUUGUGUUAAUUCUUGUGGCACUAACCAUUGGAUUGCUGUUUGUAAAGUUAGGCUCUAUUCUAUGGGUUGGACACCAAUCUGAACAGAUUCUUCCACUCGGCACAUUCCUGAGACCUCUUGGGGAUGCUACUGUGAAUAGAGUUUUGACAGAGGAUUCUCAACAUUUUUCAACUUCGUAUGAAUCUGCCCCCCUGCUUGAAGCCGUUGAUUCUUCUGAAGCCUUGGAUGAUAAUCAUAAAUGCAAUGAACUCUGGUCUAAGCCAGAUAACAUGCACUUCUUCCAAUGCAUAGAUCGUGCUCAACAUUCAAAGCGCCCAGGAGAGAAGCACAAUGGAUAUCUUGUUGUGAAUGCUAAUGGGGGGUUGAAUCAGAUGCGUACAGGGAUCUGUGAUAUGGUUGCCAUUGCAAGAAUCAUGAAUGCUGUGCUUGUUAUACCAAAGUUAGAUCACAGUUCUUUCUGGGACGACCCAAGCGAGUUUAAGGACAUAUUUGAUGUUCAUCAUUUCAUCGACACAUUGAAGGAGGAUGUGCACAUUGUUGAUUUCUUACCAAAAUCCCUCGAGAAUGUUGAAUCUCUGAAAAAGGCUCCCAUUUCGUGGUCAAAGGCCUCAUUCUACAAGGAUGAGAUGCUUCCUCUGCUUAAACAUCACAAAGUAUUGUAUUUUACACAUACUGAUGCUCGUCUUGCAAAUAAUGAUCUCCCCAAUUCAAUUCAGAAGCUCCGUUGCCGUGCUAAUUACCAGGCACUGAAGUUUGCUGAACCUAUUCAGAGCCUAUCCCGCACUCUUCUUGGUAGAAUCCGGAGAAAGUCACCAUUCAUUGCCUUGCAUCUAAGGUAUGAAAAAGACAUGCUAGCAUUUACAGGAUGUGCACAUGGAUUGUCAUCAAAGGAAGAAGAGGAACUCAGGCAAAUGCGGAUUGGCGUUGAGCACUGGAAAGAAAAGGAAAUUGAUGGGGAAGAAAGACGUCUGCAGGGAGGUUGUCCAUUGACUCCUCAUGAGACUGGCCUUUUUCUGAAGGCUUUAGGCUAUCCCUCUUCAACUAAGAUAUACAUAGUAGCAGGCAAACUUUAUGGGAAUGUCAGUGUGGAAACCCUGAAGAAGUAUUUUCCAAACGUUUACACUCAUUUAAGUUUGGCUACUGACGAAGAACUUGAGCCUCUUAAACGAUACCAAAACAGAUUAGCUGGUUUGGAUUACAUAAUGGCUUUAGAAAGUGAUGUAUUUGUUUACACCUAUGAUGGAAAUAUGGCCAAAGCUGUUCAGGGACACAGGCGGUUUGAAGGAUUUAGGAAGACAAUCAGCCCUGACAGACGAAAUCUGGUAAGGUUGAUGGACGAGUAUGAGUCGGGAAGUAUUUCAUGGGAGAUCUUUCAGCAUCAGGUCAAGGAAAUUCAUGCUCAUAGAAUAGGAGCUCCAUAUGGUCGAGAACCCGGAGAAUAUCCUAAAACGGAGGAGUAUUUCUAUGCAAAUCCUUUCCCUGGUUGCAUUUGUCAAAAAAAGCAAUUGCCAAGGCGAGUGUUGAAUGAAAAUUUGGGAAUACAUUAUGAUUCAGCUUGAGACUGGCUUAGGCUUAGGUAAUCUCAUGCAUGUUACAUAUCUUCUCCAGGAAUUCCUCUUUACACUUCAUAAGUUCUAACUCUUUAGUGUAGCUUGGAAUUCCUUGAGAUAUAGGCUAAAAACUUAUCAUUCUUUCCUCAAUUAAAAAUAAUGUGCAGGCUCUCUUACAUUUUCACAGGCAAAUGUUUUAGUCCUGUUGAUUUUAGGGAAGCACGCUCGAUGAUGAAAUGUAUGAUCUUUAUAGUUUCAAAGAUCCCACAAAGGGACAGCCCAUGAAGGAAGCUUUUAAUGUAGCGACAUACAAUAUUUUUCACUGCUGCAGAAAAGAAGCUGUGCUGUAAUUCAUGUCUCUUCACCUGCCAUUGUUCCUUUAUUUGAAUUGCAUGGUUACGGGCAUUUGUUUAGUUCACUGUAAUUCAUAUUGACUCUAUGAGUCAUACAUCAAUUUGGACAUUGAGGAGGCACUACCUACAUUGCUCUAUUUGCUUUUCACAUUUGAUAGUGAGGCCAUUACCAUUCAACCUGACCAGAACUGUAAAUUGAUGCCUGGUCAGCAGGAUUAGCAUUUGUCACUAUUAGACAAAAAGAUUAGGAAAAAAUGAAAUUAUAGUAUGUUUCCUUUCUCGAGGUUGAGUCCAUUGUAGAAACUCCGGAUACAAGCAACAUUUGUACAGCUUACUUAUAUAUUGGGUGAAAUGAAGCUCACAACAAGAUUUUCCUUC